AUGGACAAUGCUUUUGCACGGGGCACGGUUGCAACGCCUUUCCUGAGCAACAUCAAAAGGCACCACGCGUCUUUGCAGCAUCAGCGCGCUUUUAAGGUCAUUGGCUUCACCAACUCUCAGCAGGCAGACAAGGAUUGCCCUGGGCUGGAUGUGUUCAAACAGGCGCUGGACCACAGGCUGAACAAAUGCUCGCUGAGGCAAGGGAUUGGCGGCGAGAACCCCUGUGGACGAGAGAAGUUGUCUCGCUUGCAGUGGUGCUUGGCUGAGUCCGACCGGGAGAUUACCCGCGACUUCAUCCGGCGUGCCUCCGCCAUAGCAAUAGCACAGGAUGGUCGCCAGAACCGGUUGCUGAUGCGUUUCUCCGCCUGCACCCCAAACCUGGAGAUCAAGAAGGGCAUCCUGGGCGCCCAAGAAGUUAUCGGCGAGACCAUCUCCAACGUGGUUGUGGCAAUGGAACGUGUCAUUGAACGCUUUGCCACGCCCGGAUGGGGCGGCCCAUGCGCUCAAGAGAUGGACUCUUCCCUGCGCGAACACCUCCGGAACUCGGUGACGAUCUUUGUGGCGGAUGCUGCCAGCAAUGAGCAGGGCGCAGGGCGAGUGAGCAAGAGUUUCUUCCCAAACCUGGUUUCGAUUCAAAGAGACAGGGCUCACGCUUGUACCAGGGUGCUGAAAAGGCCAUGGGACGCCGUGGCCGAAAUCAAAGACACCAUGAACAGGUACAUCAUGGGUUCGAACUCAAUCUGCCAGAAGAUCCACUUCUCGCAGACGCUGCAGGGCGUAUUCAGCCGGUUUGCUGUGGCAUGCGAAAAGAACGGCGGCAAUGGCAGGCGUAUUAAGCAUCUCCAAGCUGCAAAGCACCGGUUUGCAUCAUGCUCGCUGCCAUUACAAAGAACAGUGAUCUACAUCGAUGCUCUGAUCUCGACUCUGGUCUGGGUUGCGACCCAGCGCGACGGCGACGAUGCCAAAGCUGCGUUUGAGUACCUGGACGCCAUGAGCGAGCGGCACCUCAUCCUGAUCAGCAUGCUCAUCAUGAUCAGCAUGCUCAUUGAUCAGCAUGUGGAAUCCUUGCUGGCACGCCUGCACCGCUUGAUCAACCAGGGCGCAAUUUUCACUCAAGGGUUCACGGCUUACAUGCUGGAGCUGCUUGAGGUACGUCAGCAGGCUAAGACGAUCGGGGGUCGUGGCCGGGUCAGUCCGGAGCUUUUGCUGGCCUGCACUGAACAGUGCCAAGCAUUUCUCGUUCUCGCCACCAACACGCUGAAAGCUGAGUUCCCAGAGCAUGAUAUUCUGACAUCGUUCCGGGUUUUUGAUGUUGUCAAGAAGCGUGGUGUGGAACGAGACGAAGCGCACCACAUUGCCUUCAAGGAUCGGUCUUUGCAGCGGAUGGCUCAGGUAUUCCAAGUGGAUGCAGUUGCACUCCGGUCGCAGUUUGACGAGGUCGAGCCCAUCGCGAUGUAUGAGGCAACCACUUGCCGCACAUGCAGCUUUACAGCUUGGCAAACUGCGCUGCAGAGAAUACGUGCGCGGACUGCUGGUCGACGUCAAAAAGACCACCUCCAAGCCUUGUUCAAGGUAGUGUCUUUUUACGGAGCAUGGAACGGAUUGAGCACCUCGGGCGUCGAGCAAUCAUUCAGCAUUCUGCAGGAGGGCAUCAGCAAGCAGCGGAGUGAGGCUACACAAAGCGACGAGCAGCAGCUGCUGCUGCUGUCCAAGACCGACACGCCCCAUGACCAGCUUUGCGCAAGAGCGGCCAAGGUCUGGCAAGCGUACUUUGGUAAGCCCCGAGCAAGCUGCAUGACAAGGCUUGACAAAGGCAUAAAGCGCAAGCAGACAGGCUGCACUUUGACGGUCAACGAUGUUCGAAAGGGCCGCAGGCUUGACAGCAAGGCGGCAGCACCAGUGGACAUUGCGACGGUUGAGUCAACUGCUGCCAGGGGAUCGUCAGGAAUCUGGUCAGAGUCGAUGGCGAACGAGCUGACCUUUCAGAAAACAAAACAAUAUGAAAGCCGCGCGCAGAGCUACCUUGAGAACGCGCUGUUAGAGGACGAGGUUGAGCCGGACCUCGUUGAUGUGGCACUGGCCGUUCGGCAACACGUAGCGAAAACCGAUGAGCAGCGAACACGGAAGGAAGCUCGGAGUGCCAACUUGCUGCUGCCCAAGAAGGUUGACGUUGCAGCCAGGCCGUUCUACCUCGAGGACAGCAGCUGGCUUCAAGACGUGCAUGGGGCUGCGCGUGACAGAGCGCGACGCUUUGUGUGGGAUGCGGAAGGCUUCGUGGUGGAGGACCCAGCGAACCCGCAGGAGGAGGUGUUCGUUGCUGCAACUCUUUUGGGUGGCAUGCUGGCCAACAAGCAGUACUUUGACAGCAAGGGGGAAAAGGGCAUCGCGCUGCACUUUGCGCCUGCCAUCCACGUUUUGCGCAAGGUGUUUGUCAGCCCGGCGUUUGAGCGUGAGAAGCCUGCCAUUGCUAAUUGCUCUAAGCGAGCGGGCCCCGCACCACGCUUCUUGGCAGCCAUGUCGCCGAAGAAGCAGCCGAAGAACAAGGCGAAGGCAAAGGCAGCGGCUGCCGCGGUGCCCGCUGCCGACGAUGCGCCAGCCGCCGCGGAUCCUGGUCCUGGCGAGGUGGCUGAUGUGAAUCGGGCGCACUAUGCGCAGCUGGAAAUUGCUUUGCAGCGCAUCAUGGAGCACCCGCUCUUCAGCAACAUCAUGCAUGAGGAGCCCAUCGGCAUCAAUCAGAACGCGGCAUCCCACUCGGCUGGCCACAAGGCAGUGUUUGUGCAGCAAGCCUAUGAAGCUGCAAUGCAGACUGCCGGCCAGUACGACAGCGCGUGCAACCUCUUUUGGCUGAACUUGCGGUGGACUUGCGCCCCUCGAGUGCCGAUUUCCCGCCAAGCUGUGACCAACUUGCAGCACAGCAUGUUCUGCAAAGGGCCCAAGAGGCAGUUCGACAAGCCGAUCAUUGUUGCGGUGGGCGCGAACUUGGAGCUCAGCCGUGGGAACUUGCGCCGCGUGAGCCCGGAAGAGGUGGAGCACGCCUACCUGUUUGCGCUGGCAGCCGCCAUUGAGCGCGAAGAACCUGAGCAUGUCAACCUCCGCAACAAGAUCAUCGAUGACUAUGAUGCUCUUGUCCGAACAGCAAGCCAAAGAACUUACGAGCUCAUGACCUACAAGGCCGCCCAGGAGUCAGCGGCGAAGAAGAUGACAGCAGAGGAGCUGUACGAAGCAUGGUCGCAGCAGGUGUCGGAGUCCAAGUCGGCCCUUGCGGAGAACGUCACUUUGAACUUCGUUCAAACGGCGAUCCGGGUGUAUGACAGGGUCCUCUCGGUGCCGAAUUUGCGGGACAUGGUGUUCGUGAUGGACAACAGGCUCGGCAAGGCGUCGCCCACUUCGCAAAUGUGGACCCUUGCCAAGAUCCUUGAGAAGACCAAGAACCCGGACCAGAUCGCUUGGGCUCUGGCGACGAUGGAUGACCUCAUGAUUUACCUCGGUGGAGCACCUCGGCAGAAGGGGCUGGUGGACUUGUGGGUCCUGAAGAUGGAUCUGAAGGACUACUUCCUGGGCCCCUUCCUCGGCAAGUUGCAGCUGCCAGAGGCUGACACUGCCAUGAUGGCCAGGCGGAAUGAAAAGUCCAUCCUGGGCACGGUGCGCGAGAGCACGCGAAAGAUGGUGAGCAUCCUGGUCGCAGAGGUGAUCAGCCAGGUGAAGUUCCUGUCGGAAGCGAUCGAGGAAGUCAGCAUCACGAACAAGGAGGAGUCCACUGGCCAUCCCAUGGCCACAUCUUCCAAAGAGCCGGGAAGCGCCCAUGAGGACGUCAAUCAGGGCAAAUCCUUGACGCUGAAGGACUUGUGCACGGCGCAGCAGCUGGAGACUGUCGAUGACGAAGGCAAGCUGGACGACUGGCUGACCUUUCUGCUCAACAAGUUUGAGUCAUUCUGCACUUUGGUGGUGGAUCAUGACAGCAAAGAUGACUUGAUCAAGGUCCUGGAGCCCACUGUGCUGAAAAAGGUGAGCGGGCCAUGCAUGCUGCUCUACGACUCGAAGGUUGCUGGAGAGGCGUCAUCGAAUCCGAACAUUCGUUUGCCACCCUUCCAGCAGAGGCAUUUCCGCCGCAUGCUGCAAGCAUUCACGGCAGUGCGGGGACCUGGCGACCAGGAGAAUGCCCAGGAGGGGGAUUUGAAGAAGACGGACCUCGUCAUCUACAUGGAUGGAGGGCGGAGUGGCAACGACACGUCGGUGUCACAAGCCUUUGUUGACUCGACGGGCCGCUCGAUGAACAAAUGCAGACAGUGCUUCACAAUCUGCUACGACGAAGAAAGCCUCGUCGACAGGCGCGAAAAAGUUCGCGGGUUCGUGAACCAAACCGAGUCCAUGAUGUGCUACACCCUUGAGGGGUUAGAGAUUGAGAAGGUUGCGCGGAAGCACUACAGCGGGACGAAUCACGGCACCCACAUCGGUCCAGUUCGCGCGCUGCCUUACACCGACAAAGCUUGUUGGCGAAUGAGCCCUGCCGACAAGAAAGGCUUGUAUGGGGACAAGGGUAGGGUGCUCACCGGUGGCCCCUGA